GUUAUUUACACCUAUUGGGUCUUUUUGUUUAAAUCCCUAAAUGUUCUUUUCAGAUUUUCUCGUUUCUUUCAAGGGAACCCAACACUAGCUCUUUCUUCAAAUUAAAUCAAAUCCCUUUCUCAGUGCUUGUAAACCCAGUAACUACAAUCCCCUCGGCAACCAAAGAAAACCAGAGAGAGUUGCAGUUUUAUUAGGAUUUCAAAUCCCUACACGUUUCAUGGCAAGCACAUUGAGGUUGUAUUUGACAUGCAUAAGGAACACUCUCGAGGCAGCUUUGUGCCUGCAGAAUUUUCCCUGCCAAGAAGUUGAAAGGCAUAAUAAACCAGAAGUUGAACUCAAGACAAGCCCAGAACUUCUUCUAAAUCCUAUUUUGAUAUGUCGAAAUGAGUCUGAAAAAUGCUUAAUAGAAACUUCCAUCAAUUCACUCCGUAUAAGCCUUAAGGUAAAACAGGCAGAUGAGCUGGAAAACAUAUUAACUAAAAAAUUUCUUCGAUUUCUGUCAAUGAGAGCAGAAGCAUUUCAAGUGUUAAGGCGAAAACCAAUACAGGGUUAUGACAUUAGCUUUCUCAUCACAAACUACCAUUGUGAGGAGAUGCAGAAACAAAAACUCAUUGAUUUUAUUGUGCAAUUCAUGGAAGAUAUUGAUAAAGAGAUAAGCGAAUUAAAAAUGUCUGUGAACACGCGAGGGAGAUUGGUUGCUACAGAGUUUCUAAAGCAAUUUAUUUAAGUAGAAUUUGUGAUACCAAUUCUUUGGUUUUGGUGCUAGAACAACCAUGCCAUUUGGAAUGCCCAUCGGACAGGCUCGACCCAUAUUUGGGUUUAUUGUUUUCCUUCGCUUGCUUUGAUCAAAAUGUUUAUUAGUUAAUCUAUAAUAUCUAUCCAUCAAUAACUCCAUAAUCUAUGUCUUCUAUCUAUAAUAAUAGCCUUAAUAUUGACAUUCA